GAGCGGUUGAUGUAACGAAAACAGGAAAAAGGUGUCAUGGUUCUUUGGACGCCCACGAGCCGAUUUGGUAAUAUUGAAGAGAAGGUGAAGUAUAAAGAGGAAGAGCCGCACGCUGGCAUCUACUUUAGCGGUUCUUCAGCUCCUGUCUGCAGGUUUAUUCACGGUAAAAGCCGGUGAUAACUGUAAGAGCUACUUCACCAGCAAUAACGAGUACAAGUCUGGGAGUAACUGUGGUUUUUGGGAGCACUGCUGUGGAACCUGCGAUUUCAGAUACUGCUGCUUCCGUGAAUAUUGGAAGUUAUCCGAUCAGGAUCAAAACGUCUGCACUAUGGGUGACAGUGUUAUUGCCAUUUGCUCAAUAACAGUGGGGUUUGUGUUCCUCAUCGUUCUGUUCAUCGUCUGCUGCUGUUGCCCCUGCUGCUGUAUCUAUAAAAUGUGUAGAAACCCCAGACCUGCGGCAGGAGUGAAUGUAAUUACAGUCACAAAUACACAGCUCGUUCAGCAGCAGCAGCCUGUAAUGCAGUACCCACAAUACCAACCAGUGCCGACUCAACCGGGUUACAGUCAGCCAAUGCAGACGGGACCAUAUCAGGGACAGCUAUAUGCACCAGGACCCCCACCCUCAUAUCACGUGGCCAUGAGUCCUGGACAUCCCACUUGUCAGAGUGCAUAUGACGGAGGCAACGCCAUGUACCCCAUGCAGCCGCCCGCCCAGCCGGGUGUCGCUUAUAUGCCUUCAGAGAUAUCGACUCAGCCGGCCUACAACCCUGCCUACAUGCAGCCACCAAACACCGGUUCGGGUCAGUUUCUUGCUCCCUUCAGCCAGGCAGCAUAUGAUGGUGAGCAUGAAGAGAAGGUGAAGUAUAAAGAGGAAGAGCUGCACGAUGGCAUCUACCUUAGCGGUCCUUCUGCUCCUGUCUGCAGGUUUAUUCACGGUUUCGUCGAGAACUGUGAGAGCUACUACACCGUCAACGGAUAUUACAGGCCUGGGUUUCCAUGCGUUUUACAGUACUGUUGUGGAAACUGCGAUAUCAGAUACUGCUGCUCCAAUGAAAAUUUGAAGUUAACCCAGUCUUUUAAAAGCUUCUGCGCUGUCAGAAACAGUGAAGCACUUACCAUUGUCUUAGUAAUACUGGGGGUUCUGUUCAACAUUGUUGUGUUCAUGGUUUGCUGCUGUUGCCCCUGCUGCUGCAUCUAUAAAAUGUGCAGAAAACCCAGACCUGCUGCAGGAGUGAAUGUAACUGCAGUCACAAAUACACAGCUCGUUCAGCAGCAGCAGCCUGUAAUGCAGUACCCACAAUACCAACCAGUGCCGACUCAACCGGGUUACAGUCAGCCAAUGCAGACAGGACCAUAUCAGGGACAGCUAUAUGCACCAGGACCCCCACCCUCAUAUCACGUGGCCAAGAGUCCUGGAUAUCCCACUUGUCAGAGUGCAUAUGACGGAGGCGAGGAAACGUACCCCAUGCAGCCGCCCGCCCAGCCGGGUGUCGCUUAUAUGCCUUCAGAUACAUCGACUCAGCCGGCCUACAACCCUGCCUACAUGCAGCCACCAAACACUGAUUACUAAACCGCAGCCGUCUGUCAAAUCAGUCAUAUCCUGAUUGCUGGAUUGUGGAAGUUGACGCACUUUUACGAGGCAGUAAGAAUGUGCCCAAUUUAAAGUGGAUUAUACAAGAAUAGUGGAUGUGUUAGAGUCAGGUUAUUACUGGUUUUAAUUCGAGUUAUUUUGUUUUAUUACUUUCAAUUUCUUUCAGUUUAGUUUUCGCUCUUUGACACACUGGAACGGUUUUAUUAACUAAGUUUUUAUACUAUACUAUACUAUAGUAAGUUUUACAAGAAAAUAUAAUUUCAGUCUUUCUACUUUCUACAAGCAAUGAGUGAAAAUCUUUUUUUUUUUUCUUAAGUUUUAGUUUUUGUUAGUGUUUUCUACAAUCAGUAUAUUAUUCUAGUAUUAUUUUAGUACUGAACUGUGCUGAUAUGCAAUAUAAAUACACCAAAAAAACAAAAAAAAAACAUCUAAAAAUAAAAAUAAAAAUCUAAAAAUAAAACUUUCUGUAGCAAGUUUAAAUGCAUAUGUUCGCUUUUAACUGCAGAAUGGCUGUCAAGGUAGGACAAAUUGGUUAACUUUUUGAUAAAGCAACCUUUCCACUGUCAUUUGCAGUUCCUUUUCAGAUUGCAUUAUGUAUUUUCAGGUACAUUGUUUAUUGAGAUGCAGCCUAUUUAACGGCUAUUCAUUUUGUAAAUGUUUAACUGGUGUUUUAUAUGUUUUUAUGUUUAACUUGCUAAAGAGUUUGGACCGUCUUUUAUGCAAUGUUUGGUGCACUUGCUGCACUUGAAUGCAUAUGGUGUCCCCUACUGGUGAAAUAAAGAAACAGUCUCUAG